AUGGCCGGUGGCUCUGAUGAGACGGAUACUACAGCUACUGUUACCUUAUCAUGCGCUCGAUGCGGCAAACCUGCUCACCUUCAGUGUCCAAAAUGCAUGGAAUUAAAGCUUCCUCGUGAACCUGCCGCUUUCUGUUCGCAGGAUUGUUUUAAGACAUCGUGGAGCUCUCAUAAAUCAGUUCAUACGAAGGCAAAGCCGGAAGAAAAUUCGGAUGGAAAUAGUGAAGGUUGGUUAUACUGUGUGAGGAGAGGACAGAGUCGAACUCCGAAACUUCCACAUUUUGAUUGGACUGGGGGGUUAAGACCGUAUCCUAUAUCUCCUUAUCGUGUGGUUCCUGCUCACAUUGAUCGACCUGAUUGGGCAAUUGAUGGAAUCCCUAAGAUUGAACCCAGCAGUGAUUUGCAGCAUGUUGUGGAGAUCAAAACUCCCGAGCAAAUUGAGAGAAUGCGAGAAACUUGUCGAAUAGCAAGAGAGGUUUUGGAUGCUGCUGCACGGAUCAUUCGCCCUGGUGUGACAACAGAUGAAAUUGAUAGAGUUGUACACGAGGCAACUAUUGCAGCUGGCGGAUAUCCAUCUCCUUUGAAUUAUCGCUUCUUCCCAAAGUCAUGCUGCACGUCAAUUAAUGAAGUAAUCUGCCAUGGAAUUCCUGAUGCCAGGAAAUUGGAGGAUGGUGAUAUUGUAAAUAUUGAUGUGACUGUGUAUUACAAAGGUGUCCAUGGCGAUCUUAAUGAAACGUACUUUGUGGGAAACGUUGAUGAAGCAUCUCAACGGUUAGUCCAAUGUACUUAUGAGUGCUUGGAGAAAGCAAUAUCUAUUGUGAAACCUGGGGUAAGAUUUCGUGAAAUUGGAGAAGUCAUUGAUCGUCAUUCUACGAUGUCGGGACUGUCUGUGGUGAAAUCAUACUGUGGUCAUGGUAUUGGAGAGCUCUUCCAUUGUGCUCCGGAUAUUCCACAUUAUGGAAGUAUCCUCAGAAAUAAAGCAGUGGGCGUAGCGAAGGCUGGACAGACCUUUACUAUCGAACCCAUGAUUAAUGCAGGGGUUUGGCGUGAUCGGAUGUGGCCUGAUGGAUGGACUGUUGUCACUGCAGAUGGCAAGCGCAGUGCUCAUUUUGAGCAUACCCUUCUGGUAACAGAAACUGGAGUAGAAGUUCUCACCGCAAGGUUGCCUUCAUCGCCAAAGGUGUUCCCUUGGCUAAAUGAAUAA